UAACAUUUGCACACAAAUUUGUAGUUUUCCGCUCUGCAAUAUUAUUAUAUAUCCACUAUAUUUAUAUAUUUUCCAGGGAAUUGUAUACAACGUUGACUCAUAGUUUUACUUAAAUGGGCUCACGGUCUGGCAAAAUUCUUAGUAAUCCAGUCAUGGCGGCCGAAAUACAACAAUUUAUUAAGAGCGCUGUAGCUCAGGACAAAGUCGUAGUAUUCUCGAAAUCUUAUUGCCCUUACUGUACAUUGGCAAAAAAUGUUUUCUCAAAAGUAAAUCAACCCAUCCAGGUUUAUGAACUGGAUCAACGUGAAGAUGGAGAUGCAAUUCAAGACACCUUGUACCAAAUCACAGGGUUCAGAACGGUACCACAAGUAUUCAUUAAUGGAAACUGUGUUGGCGGUGGAUCUGAUGUCGACAAACUGUAUAAGACCGGAAAAUUGGAGCCACUGCUUAUAGGAUAAAUAUUUUAGGAAUUAUUUGUACUUAACUGUCAGCUUACCACUUAAUACCAAUAGCGAUUUCUAUAAUUGACUUGAUUGUUAAUUGGCAGGCGCUUCCUACCCUAAUGAUGUCAUCAAUCCAUAAAAAUAAAGCAAUAUAGCUCAUGUCGCAAUCUUCAAACUGUGUGGUACGUAAAAGGAAUCCAAACCGAAUGUUAUAGUUACGUGGUAAGCUUGCCGGUUAACCAAUUUACUAGUGCCUCUAAUAAAAAUCGAAUAAUUUAUGGUAACCUUUAUCUUAUCAUAGAUAAGAAAAAAAGCAGUGAAAAGUAUAAAAUCCUUAUCAAUCUUCGAGACACUAAUAAAGUUGGGGAUAUGUUAAAGUACAAUGUUAAUCUCGUGACAGUUUACGCUGUUUAUUUUUUUAUUUAUUUUAAUAAAUUUGAGCACAAUUA